AACCACAGUACAUGAAUGCAACACUUCACGUAAUUAUGCGAUAUAACCGAGAAGAUAAAAAUGAUAAAGAUUCAAUUACAGGUCAUGUUAUAAAUUCCUAAAGGUCACAAAAAUCCAGGAUAACUGAGUAAAAAAUGAGACUUUUAAGCAUCUCUUGUUUAAAAAGAGGUGCCAUUUUGUUACCGGAAGUGAUGUCACGACGUUGCACUCCUUUUGUCUGACGACCUCAUCCGGAGGAAGUAAAGCCCAGUCUAGGCAGUCGCUUCAUCGGAGAAAAAAAAAACUAAAAAAAAAAAAAAAAAAAAGAGGGAAACGAAGUUCCAUCGGUUUUGUGGGAAUUAUCGACACAUUAUAUCCAUUGUGUACAAAUAGUGGACAACAAUCGGCGUUACGCGGGAGGAAGACGGAGGAGUGGACGGUAACCGGAAUAAUGGAGGAUUCUCAUUUUAACUCAUCCUAUUUCUGGUCUCCCAUCCCUACUGUGCCAGGACAGAUUGAGAACGCCGUGUUCCUAAACAAAGUGAAAGAGCAGCAGGAAAAGAAUGCAUCCUUUCCUCCGUCCUCGGCGUCCCACUACCAAACCGCUCUACUCACCAUCCCGACUCCUGGGGCCAAGACAGAUGGAGGUGGCCAUCCUGCUGCUGCUGCUGCUGCCGCACAUCUCCACCCGCCACACAGCAGCCAGAACAUAACAGUGCUGCCUGUCCCCUCCACUGGCAUUAUGACAGCAGCGGGUCUAGUCAUCACCACUCCACAGGGAACUUUAGUCUCCCCCACGUCUUCGCAGUCAUUUGUGUCAGCGCAUCCCACGACCACCAUGAUCGUCUCUGCUGUUCAUUCUCCAGACAAAAAAGAAGCGGACGGAGCGCCCCACGUAGUGGUGAUGCCGACACCCUCCAAACGAGGCCGUAAGAAGAAGAGCGCGGGCGGAAACGAAACCGUCAUACUGGCUCAUCUAAACCCCGGCGGCCAGGUGGCAUCUCUGCAGCAUCACACCAGGGACCCAUAUGACCUCUCCAAUGAGGACGAGGAACCUGGGUUGAAAGAUAGCACCAAAACAUACAGGUGCCGGAUGUGCGCGGCGACCUUCUUCAGUAAGUCUGACAUGCAGAUCCACUCCAAGUCGCACACAGAGGCCAAACCUCACAAGUGUCCGCACUGCGCCAAGUCAUUCGCCAACUCCAGCUACCUGGCCCAGCACAUCCGCAUCCACAGCGGGGCCAAGCCUUACACCUGCUCCUACUGCCAGAAAUCAUUCAGGCAGCUCAGUCACUUACAGCAGCACACACGCAACCACACAGAGUCAAAGCCUCACAAGUGUCCACAUUGUACCAAGUCAUUCGCCAACUCCAGCUACCUGGCCCAGCAUAUCCGCAUUCACACCGGAGUGAAGCCUUAUUCGUGCUCUUACUGCCAGAAGAGUUUCAGGCAGCUUAGCCACCUUCAGCAGCACAACAGGAUUCAUACUGGAGAUCGUCCGUACAAGUGUACACAACCUGGAUGCGAGAAAUCCUUCACGCAGCUCUCAAAUUUACAGUCCCAUCGACGUCAGCACAACAAAGACAAACCUUACAAGUGCUCCAACUGCAAUAAAGGAUACAUAGACGCAGCAAGUCUGGAGGUGCACAUGUCCAAACACACAGUCAAGCACGCCAGGAUCUACUCUUGCGGCCUGUGCAACCGCACGUACACCUCAGUAAGACCAAUAUCCAUUUCUGAAGAGAAUUCCUACAUGAAUCACUGCCAAUGGCCUCACUGGCAUCAGACUCCUGGCAGCUACUUUACACCACCGUGUACUACGUGUAGUCAUGUGUCCACUGUCUCCCCUCUACCUGUCCUCCCCUCACCCCAGGAGACGUAUCUUGUGAAACACAUGGAGAAACACAACCAAGGGCAGCUGAGCGCACCGGACGCUCCAGAGGCACAACGGAACCAAAACCAGUCUCGCGGGCAGCCUGGAGCUCAAAACCAGGCGGAGGGCCCGGAUGGCAGGUCCGGCCGACCCGGAGUGGGUGGAAGCGGACAGAGCCAAGGCAGCUACCCCCAACCUGAACCCCUCCCAUGCCCGUUUGACCUACACCAGUAUAAGACGGUGUCUGCCAGUGACAUCCAGUACAAACCAGUCACCGUAUCGGACCUUUCUUCCCAUAAGGACCUCUGCCUGACUGUGUCGUCAUCCAGCAUCCAAGUGGAGCACCUCAACUCUUAAAAGAUGGAGGACAGUGUGUUAACGGAUAGAAGCAAUACUCACAUGAAAUAAGAGCUUUUUGGAACUGUGCCUGGAAUAUUUCUUUUUUUUUUUUUUUUUUUGCAAACAGGACAAAGAGCCCGAUAAAAUGUUUGUGUGGAAAGGCCGCAAUAAGAACAUUAAUGGUCCAUCACAGUGAUGGUUUUUAAAAUGGAAAGAAACAAAACGAGAGUGGCUUCUCUUUAUUGUUGGUUUAUCACCUUCUUCUGCUCUUCCACACGAGUACAGCCACGGCUCAUAACCAUGUUAUGCUCCUGAAAGUAUUUGUAAUGCUUUUUACAUCGGUGUUAUCACCUUUACACAAUGCUAUAAAAAAGGGACAAUGUGGUUAUUUCCUUUUUUCGGGAAAUUAAAACAAGUCUAUAAUUAUGUAGAUACUUACGGCCAGCUGGUAAAAGUGUGACGUGUGUUUAAAAAAGGUUGCAUAUCUCCCAUUAUAUAUAUAUAUAUAUACACAUAUAUAUAUACACCCAAUUGCAAUUCUUACAUUGUAAUCCUAUCAUUCUGCUUAUGGUGUAUGUAAGUUUGUCUUGCUAUAAUACUUUCAGAAUAUUUGUAAUGACGUCUUUACCGGACACACUUGCACAUGUGGAUAUGUGUUUUUGAUAAUAAUAAAACUUUGGAAACCCUAUUUUUUUAAAUCAACUUUUAUUAUUUGGUUUAUA